UGCCAUGCCGCUGGUCCGCUACAGGAAGGUGGUCAUCCUUGGAUACCGCUCUGUAGGGAAGACAUCUUUGGCACAUCAGUUUGUGGAAGGCAAGUUUUUGGAAGGCUACGAUCCUACAGUGGAGAAUACUUACAGCAAGAUAGUGACUCUUGGCAAAGAUGAGUUUCACCUACACCUGGUGGACACAGCAGGGCAGGAUGAGUACAGCAUUCUGCCCUAUUCAUUCAUCAUUGGGGUCCAUGGUUAUGUGCUUGUGUAUUCUGUCACCUCUCUGCAUAGCUUCCAAGUCAUUGAGAGUCUGUACCAAAAGUUACACGAAGGCCAUGGGAAAACCCGGCUGCCGGUGGUGCUAGUGGGGAACAAGGCAGAUCUCUCUCCAGAUAGAGAGGUACAGGCAGUUGAAGGGAAGAAGCUGGCAGAGUCCUGGGGUGCAACAUUUAUGGAGUCAUCUGCUCGAGACAAUCAGCUGACUCAAGACAUCUUCACCAAAGUCAUCCAGGAGAUCGCACGUGUGGAGAAUUCCUAUGGGCAAGAGCGUCGCUGCCAUCUCAUGUGAGCCCUUGGGCAUAGGAUAACUGCCUUGUUUCUGUCCCUGGCACUCGCCAGGCUCCA